AUGAAGGUCUUUCCGGUUUCGCUGCUUGCAGCAGCCCUCUUCACUCUCACAGCAGCCCAAGACCCUUUGAGCGUCAUCGUUUCCGAGGCGUUUUCUGUCUAUACAGAAGUCAAUUCGCUGCUAUCUUCCGCUGCUUCAGCGGUUUCAGCAGCAGCCGGGUCCGCAACCUCUGCAACGGCGAAUUCCUCUCCGGAUGGGACCUCGUCGACCGCCGAUGCACAAAAUACUGCAACAUCAAUUGACUCGACGUCGAGCGGAGAUUCAAGUUUUUCGAAUACGCUGUCAACCUCAUCCGCACCAGUCACCUCGACUCUAAUUUCUUCUACCUCAUCACCCUCUUUGGCUUUAACAAGCACAUCAUCUGCUGUCUUUGGACUCCUGCCUUCGAGCACGCCAAACACCAAACCCUUGACUUCUUCAAAAGGUUCAUCUUCCGCCACGUCUUCUCUGACGAUGUCAUCCCCAGUCAUAGGAACAUCGUCGCUAGUCGGAGCAGCUGCUGGUAGUGGAACAAGCACGCCCUCUUUUACAAAGUCCAAACAUGACUCAGAUCUUCCUAUCAUCCUUGGCUGUGUCCUCGGAGCUCUUGCACUCGGCUUCUUCAUCCUGGCCUUGGUCCUCUGCUUCAAACGACGACGCCUCAGUUCUUCACCUCGCCAUUCCGCCCUCUCCCCUGGCGACGAUGAAGUUGAUAGCUGGAGGAUAAACCAACAAUCAGGUAUAGCUGCAAGUCAAGGCUCGCUGGUUCGUGACGCAGGCGUUGCCGGAGCUGCACCCCUCAUGUCCGAACACCCGGCUUUUCGCAAUUCUCAUCGCAGUUCUCAAGGAUACGAGAAUCCCUUUGUCCCAGUGCCCCCGCCACCGAGACGUACAGCCCCCAAUUCUCGACCUGGCUUGACUGACGGCACGGUCCCGGGCGAUGAGCCUUUUGUGAAAGAGGUCGGCAGACCAUCGAGACCUGACAGUGCUUCGUCUGGCUAUAGCAACCAUCAUAUGGGAGGAAUUGCUGCAGGGAUCGCCGCGGCAGCGGCUGGCACUGAUCUCGUGCAUCAUUAUAAGGAACACCAAGAUGAGAAGGCCCCAGAAGUGCACGCUCUGCCGGCAAACGAUCCACCUGUUCCAGCGCGAAUUAACCGGAAACCCGUCCCCGUUGACUACGUGAACAACAGUGAACCCUGGCCUUACUCUCCCGUGUCUCCGAUCGAUCCUGCCGCCGAAACCGCUGGGCUGACAGCAUUACCGACGAGAAGCAGCGGCGAGAGGGGUCGAAGCUCGAGCCGUGACGCCGCGAGAGCCAACGCAGUGUUCGAUCAAGAGUAUGCUCCUUACGGCGGGGCUCUCGGGCGUGAUGAACAACACGGGCUUGGAGCUGCAGCAGCAGGACUUGAUGCAGGACUUAUUGGCGGUGCUGCAGCUCUGGGCUAUCGCGAUAACCACGACGGCCACCAUCGAUCACGAAGCCGGAGCAGCAGUAGCAAGCGACGCAGUCGACCGCAAAUGGCCAUGUCCAGUGAAGGGUUCGAUACGAGCCGGAGGACGUCCAGGGACUAUAGAAACAGCCAAGCCUACAGAGAUAUUGUCCCCCAGGACCCGUACGACGCCAGCCUCCCGGGAGAACAAGACCUGUACGGAGUUUCUGCAACCACGCCACCUCCUCGCUCUCGGCGCAACAGUGCUCUCGGGUCGUCUGCUCUGCCCGGUGCGGCGGCUUUCAACCAUGCCAACCGCCCUACCGUCCCGUCUCCUCUGUCCAGCGAAGUCCGGCGCGACCCAAGCCACUCGCCUCCGCGAAGCCGGUCUCGGUCUCGAAGUCUGAGCGGGGGCGCCGCGCGAUUCUCGUUCUCCUAUGAUCCUGUAUCCGACGACUACGGCGCCUACCCGCCGUUCCCUAUCACGUCCAGCACAGUCAGCCAUGGCGCGGCAGGACGAGAUGAGGCCAUCAACCCCACGCUUCCCGACAAGCCGAUCGUGGAUGACAAGGGCUAUCCUCAGCUCAGCAUCCCACACGGCCAAAGCACCAACACCAACGAGUACGACCUUGCCGCCACAUCUGGUCCACUGGGACCCCAGCCGCAGAUCUCCGGUUCUGGAGACGUUUCUGUCCCUAUGGAAAGCGACGACGCCCCGACAUGGCGGAUGAGCCAUGGCAUGCCGGCCGGCUGGCAGCGCGCCGGCACAGAUUACAGCCCCCGCAACAGUAGGGAGGACCAGUACAUGCGCAACAACCGCGACUCGGGCGUGGGCAUGGGCACCGGCACUGGACAGCCUGCAGGCAGGAGAGGCCGGAGAUUGCGGGCAAGUGACUUCGCGGGCUCAUCGACCGCAAGGUCAAGGCCGAAUGACGACGACCUGUACGGCUACGGGUACGGACAGGCUCUGUGA